UCUACAGAAACCCUACUAAGCUAGCGCUCUCCCUCUACCCCUCCAUUAAAAUCUCUGAAAAAGCUUCUUCCAUCGAUUUAAUCAUCCUCGAUUUCUGAUAUUGUUUGGAUUUUGGAUUUGUUUUUUUUCUAUUCACUGUUGAUUCAACGUCAAACACUCAUUAUCUCCCGAUUUCCCCCAAAAUUGGCGACGAAAAACCUAAUCAUCGAAUUGCAUUCCUUGUACAUGAGCUCGCGCGUAAAAUGUUAGUCGAAUCGCGGCGGAAUUCUGACGAAUUGAUUACCUUCUCCGGCAAAAUCAGCUCGAUGAGCAGCGACACCACCACUCUAAGCCACUGCACCAGCUUCAGCCGCCUCUCCUUCGAGCUUCCGGCGAGCUCGCCUGAUCAAGCCACGGCGAUGAAACCGCACCGAUCGUCGGACUCCUCGUUCCAGGCGAUCCGCCUCAAAUCGAACCUCACGUUCCGCGAUUUCAGCCUCGUGCGCCAGAUCGGCAGCGGCGACAUCGGCCGCGUCUAUCUCUGCCGCCUCCGCGGCGCGGCGGACGACGGCCGCCUCUACGCGAUGAAGGUGGUGGACAACGACGUCCUCGCGUUAAAGAAGAAGACGCGGAGAGCGGAGACAGAGAGGAAGAUCAUGCGCCUCCUCGAUCAUCCGUUUCUCCCCACGCUUUUCGCCGAAUUCGAAGCUUCAAAUUUCUCCUGCGUGGUUAUGGAGUACUGCGCCGGCGGCGAUUUGCACACGCUUAGGCACAAACAGCCGCAGAAACGAUUCUCUCUCAACGCCGCUAGAUUUUAUGCUGCGGAGAUUUUGGUAGCUCUAGAAUAUUUACACAUGUUAGGAAUAAUCUACAGAGAUUUGAAGCCGGAAAAUGUGCUUGUUAGAUCGGACGGUCACAUAAUGUUGACCGAUUUUGACCUCUCUCUCUGCUCCGCCGCCGUCCCCGCCGUCGAGUACCCUGACUUCUCGCCGUAUCCGCCGUCGCCGGCGAAAUCCUCCACCGCGUCGGCGCUGACUCCGUUCUCCUGCAUCUCUAACCGCCUCUUCCGAUCGAAGAAGAUCCAGACCCUGGCCGCGAACCGCCUGUUCGUGGCGGAGCCGGUGGCGGCGCGGUCGUGCUCAUUCGUCGGGACACACGAGUACGUGCCGCCGGAAGUGGCCUCCGGCGGCGCCCACGGCAACGCCGUCGACUGGUGGGCGCUUGGCGUGUUCAUCUACGAGAUGAUAUACGGCCGGACGCCCUUCGCCGGGGGGAGCAACGAGGCGACGCUUCGCAACAUUACGAAGCAACCCCUCGCCUUCCCCGGCGCAUCGUGCGGCUCAAGUGAGACGCACGCGCGAAGACUCAUAUCCGGGCUGCUGAACAAGGACCCCAGCCGCCGGCUCGGGUCCAAACGCGGUGCGGCCGAGGUGAAGACGCACCCAUUUUUCAAGGGGCUGAACUUCGCUUUGGUCCGCUCCGUGAGGCCGCCGGCGGUCCCAGAGGGUUCGAACUCAUCGGCGAGGCGCAUCGAAACGCCGCCGUUUUGUGUGUUUUAAUUAGGGGUAUUAUUAGCUAAUUUAACGUAGAGUUAAUGUUUAGUAUUGUGGUUUAGGUGGGAAAGUGUAUAGAUAGUCCACGGGAAAUGAUGCGGCGAUUAAAAAGUUUUAUUCACGUAAUUAUUUUGUAAUGAGAGUUUAUUAAUGAGGUUAGUACGAUGGUAAUUACUUGAUUAUCAUAAUUAA